CAAGACAGCACCGACGACGAGAUGGCAACGCCAACACCACCAGCCAGUCGUCCCUCUCUCUCUCGGUCUGCGUCCUCGAAGGACAACAUGUCCCAAUCUUCUGCCGCCUCCAAGCCAUCAUCGACACCGACAGGGAAGCCUGCAGACUACGUCUACUUCGACCGCACCAGCGCCGGUUUCUCAGACGAUGCUGUUCCCCGUGCCAAGGCCGCACAACUCAAGCUUGAACACUUCUACAAGGUUGCUGUUGAUGCUGCCAUUGAGAGGAAUACUAGACGUGUCGAGCUUGAGCGGAGGCUGCAAGCGGAUACACUGAUGUCUGACGACCGAAAGCAGCGGCAGUUGGUCCAGCAUGGAAAGAAAGAGUCUACGUUCUUGCGACUGCGAAGAACGAAGCUUGGGCUGGACGAUUUCAGGACUGUCAAGGUCAUUGGUAAAGGUGCCUUCGGAGAGGUUCGCUUGGUACAGAAAACGGAUACAGGCAAAAUCUAUGCCAUGAAGACGUUGAAGAAAGAGGAGAUGUUGAAGAAAGACCAGCUUGCGCACGUACGCGCAGAGCGUGAUGUCCUUGCCGAGUCGAACUCUGCAUGGGUCGUGCAACUCUAUUAUUCGUUCCAGGAUCCUGCCUACCUAUACCUCAUCAUGGAGUUCCUUCCCGGUGGUGAUCUCAUGACCAUGCUCAUCAAAUACGACACAUUUUCUGAAGAUGUCUCCCGGUUCUACAUGGCCGAAUGUGUCCUUGCCAUCGAGGCCGUCCACAACCUCGGUUUCAUUCACCGAGACAUCAAGCCUGACAACAUCCUGAUCGACAAGGACGGCCACAUCAAACUUUCCGAUUUCGGUCUUUCUACCGGCUUCCACAAAAACCACGACUCGAGCUAUUACCAAAGACUUCUCGAUCAAGCCAACGGCACAACGUCGCCACAAUCCGCCACUCAGGCUGCACGGAACAGCGUCAUGGUCAAUGCUAUUCAUCUCACCAUGACCAGCAAAGACCAGAUCGCGACAUGGAAGGCAAACCGACGAAAGCUUGCUUACUCAACAGUCGGAACGCCUGACUACAUCGCACCUGAGAUCUUCCUCCAACAAGGUUACGGUAACGAGUGUGAUUGGUGGUCCUUGGGUGCUAUCAUGUUCGAGUGUCUCGUCGGAUACCCUCCUUUCUGCUCUGAGACGACGCACGAGACAUACCAAAAAAUUAUUCAGUGGCAAUACCACCUCGUCAUCCCAGACGAUGUCCACCUGAGUCGUGAGGCCGAAGACCUCAUCCGACGACUCAUCACAUCCCCCGACCGCCGUCUCGCCGUCGAUCAAAUCAAGGCGCACCCCUUCUUCUACGGCGUCGACUGGGCCAUGAUCCGACAGAUCGACGCACCCUUCGUCCCUCGGUUACGGUCCAUCACCGAUACGUCUUACUUCCCGACGGACGAGCUCGAGCAGGCCCCCGAAGAGCCUGCGGGCACCGAUACGAGCGGCGCGAACAAGGACCUGGCGUUCUUGGGAUACACCUUCAAGCGAUUCACGAUGUCGUCUCAGGCGUUCUAGUCGCCUGGCCCAUCCGUACCGUUCAGGACCACUAUCCUUCAUCCAACGCAACGCGGCAGCGGGUCUGCAUCUGCAUUUCGGAUGUCGACGGCAUUUCGGUGGUUAGUGGUGCUCGCUCGGCGCAUGAUAAAGAGGAGUCGAAGAGGAUUCAGGGCAAGGGCCGCGGCAAUUCCAUAUUUCGUGCAACCCCGUUAAUCUACAAGCAAUACCUUUAUACCCCCCCAGGACUGUCCGUGGUUUAGAAAAGUCCUCUCCAUCAUCGCCAACCCAUAUCAAUUGUAACAUACGU